AUGUCUACAGCACCUUCUUCUUCAGCUACUCAUCAUCAGUCCAGCACUUCAGCCGCGGCCAUAGGCUCUUCAUCUUCUUCAUCACCUUCAUCGUCUCCUCGCCCGCCGACAUCUCCUCCUCCCACGAUCGCAUCUCCGUCAGUCGCCCAUGCCCAUGCUCAUGCACAAAUCCCCUCCGCAGCGCAGCAGACUUCGCCGCCUCCUCCGCAACUACAGUCCACGCUUCCGUCAGCCGAGACGCAGCGCCACGUAGCGGAAGCACGUCGCGCUGUCGUCGCAACGCUGGAGAACAUGAUGGACUCUGAGCUGCAAUGGCGCGCAUCUAUGUUGCAUUCCAACGCUGCGGCGCUGAGCAAGCAGGCGCAGGAUGUGCAGCGUGCGACUGAGGGACUGCGCCGCGAAAAUGUUAAGCUUGCGCGGGAGGCAGACGCUGCGGCACGGAGGCUAAAGGAGCUCGGUAACGUGCAGAACUGGGCUGAGGUGCUGGAGCGCGACUUUCUCGUCCUGGAGGAGACUGUCAGACUCGCAAAUUCCGAUCGUAGCUGUAGCUGCAGCGAGUGUGGAAGUUAUGCUGGGAGUGAGAGUGACGGUGGUGAUGUGGACGAGGGCCAGCGGGCCAUGAGGCUUGACGAAGAAGAGAGGGGCAAGGGUGUUGAAGGGCGCAAAACGCUCCAUGUUGAGAUGGAUAUCGAUACGGAGAACCAUGCGCCUGGUACGUUUUCCGAUGCUAGUAGGAGCUUGACAGAGGCAGACUCCAGCGUGGGAAGGGGGGCUAAGGGAUCAGAUACGGCUUCCAUGUCAACGAUUUCACGAUGA